AUGUCAAACAAUAUUACACAACAAGAAGGUGAAACCCUUCAACAACCUCAAGUUCCUAGUUCAGGUGUCUUGACUCCAGAAACAAAUGAUAGCAUAAUUGAUAAAAAUGAAUCUGAUGAAAAAGUUGAUAAAACUGUUCCAGAAAUUCCAGCUAAACCAGCUUCAGCAUACAUCUUGGUUACUGCUUUAUGUUUUAUGAUCGCCUUUGGUGGUUUCGUUUUCGGUUGGGAUACUGGUACCAUUUCAGGUUUUGUUAACAUGAGUGAUUUCAAAAGAAGAUUUGGUCAAACUCAUGAAGAUGGUACCCAUUAUUUAUCAAAAGUUAGAGUUGGUUUAAUCGUCUCUAUUUUCAACAUUGGUUGUGCUUUUGGUUCAAUUUUCUUAUCCAAAACCGCUGAUAUGUAUGGUCGUCGUCUUGCUUUAAUGAUUAUGAUGGUUAUUUACAUUGUUGGUAUUUUGAUUCAAAUCACUUCAAUCGAUAAAUGGUAUCAAUAUUUCAUUGGUCGUAUCAUCUCAGGUUUAGCUGUUGGUGGUAUCGGUGUUAUCUCUCCAUUAUUCAUUUCUGAAUCAGCUCCAAAGCAUUUAAGAGGUGCCUUAGUUUCAUGUUACCAAUUGAUGAUUACUUUUGGUAUCUUUUUAGGUUACUGUACCAAUUACGGUACUAAAGUUUAUGAAAACUCUGCUCAAUGGAGAGUUGGUUUAGGUUUAUGUUUCUUCUGGGCUAUUAUGAUGAUUAUCGGUAUGAUCUCUAUGCCUGAAUCUCCACGUUUCUUGAUUAGAAACAACAGAUUAGAUGAAGCUAGAAAAUCAAUUGCUUACUCAAACAGAGUUUCUGCUGAAGAUCCUUCAGUUUACGCUUUAGUUGAAGAAUUAGAUGCUGCUAUUAGAAAAGAAGAAUCUGCUGGUAAAGCUACUUGGGGUGAAUUGAUCACUGGUAAACCAAAAAUUUUCUACAGAUUGAUGUGUGGUGUUAUGAUUCAAGCUUUACAACAAUUGACUGGUAACAAUUAUUUCUUCUACUAUGGUACUACUAUUUUCCAAGCUGUUGGUUUAGAAGAUUCUUUCCAAACUUCUAUUGUCUUGGGUGUUGUUAACUUUGUCUCCACCAUCAUUUCUAUUUACUCUGUCAACAAAUUAGGUGGUCGUCGUUCAUUAUUGAUCGGUGCUGCUGGUAUGGUUGCUUGUUACGUUGUCUAUGCUUCAGUCGGUGUUACCAGAUUAUACACAAACCCAGAACACACUGAAUCCUCAAAAGGUGCUGGUUCAGUUAUGAUUGUCUUCGCAUGUUUCUUCAUUUUCUUCUUUGCCACUACUUGGGGUCCAGUUGCUUUCGUUGUCGUUUCAGAAAUUUACCCAAUCAGAAUUAAAUCAAAGGCUAUGGGUCUUGCUACUGCUGCCAAUUGGUUGUGGGGUUUCUUAAUCUCAUUCUUCACUCCAUUCAUCACAUCAGCUAUUAACUUCUACUAUGGUUAUGUUUUCAUGGGAUGUUGUGUCUUUGCUUUUGUUUUCGUCUACUUGACCAUUCCAAGUACCAGAGGUUUAUCAUUAGAAGAAGUUGAUGAAUUAUAUGCUUCAAAUGUUAAAGCUUGGGAAUCUGCUUCAUGGACUCCAACUAGACGUUACACUCAAGAUGCUGCUUACAACAAAGCUCAAUCUGCUCAAUUAGAACAUGCUAAAGAUAACAACUCUGAAGAAAUUGCUUAA